AUGGUGAGUUUCGGUUCUAGGGGGAAUCACCGCGGAUAUUUUCGCCGCUACCACACACUUUCUUAUCCCAAUCUUUUUUAUUUUAUUUGACUCUUGCAGAAGCUCUACGUCAUCGCUUUGGCCCUUGUCGGCAUGGUCGCCGCAGAUGUCAGUCACCUGAAGUUGGGGCUGUCAGUUGACGGAGGCUAUGGAUUCUACGCCUCUUCCUCCUCGUCCUCCUCAUCUUCAGCAGUCGUGCCCGGCGGUGACUCUAGCUCCUACCAGCCUUCUGAAUACACUCCCGCUUAUCAAACACAGGCCUCCACUGGGGCUGUUGCAGCUGAAGUGAUUCCAGGUGGCGAUUCGAGCUCUUACCAACCCGCUGAAUACACUCCCGAGCACUUGAAGUCUGCUGAGGUUGUUCCUGGUGGCGAUUCGAGCUCUUACCAACCCGCUGAAUACACUCCCGAGCACUUGAAGUCUGCUGAGGUUGUUCCUGGUGGCGAUUCGAGCUCUUACCAACCCGCUGAAUACACUCCCGAGCACUUGAAGUCUGCUGAGGUUGUUCCUGGUGGCGAUUCAAGCUCUUACCAACCCGCUGAAUACACUCCCGAGCACUUGAAGUCUGCUGAGGUUGUUCCUGGUGGCGAUUCGAGCUCUUACCAACCCGCUGAAUACACUCCCGAGCACUUGAAGUCUGCUGAGGUUGUUCCUGGUGGCGAUUCGAGCUCUUACCAACCCGCUGAAUAUACUCCCGCUUAUCUGAAGCAAGCUUCUUCUGGAGCUGUUGCUGAUGAGGUUGUUCCUGGUGGCGAUUCGAGCUCUUACCAACCCGCUGAAUACACUCCCGAGCACUUGAAGUCUGCUGAGGUUGUUCCUCGUGGCGAUUCGAGCUCUUACCAACCCGCUGAAUACACUCCCGAGCACUUGAAGUCUGCUGAGGUUGUUCCUGGUGGCGAUUCGAGCUCUUACCAACCCGCUGAAUACACUCCCGAGCACUUGAAGUCUGCUGAGGUUGUUCCUGGUGGCGAUUCGAGGUCUUACCAACCCGCUGAAUAUACUCCCGCUUAUCUGAAGCAGGCUUCUUCUGGAGCUCUUGCUGAUGAGGUUGUUCCUGGUAGCGAUUCGAGCUCUUACCAACCCGCUGAAUACACUCCCGAGCACUUGAAGUCCACUGAGGUUGUUCCUGGUGGCGAUUCGAGCUCUUACCAAACCGCUGAAUAUACUCCCGCUUAUCUUAAGCAUGCUUCUUCUGGAGCUGAUGCUACCGAAGUUACUUCUGUGCCAGCGGCUUUUGGAGCUGAUACGUAUGCACCAGUUCCUGCUGCUAUUGGCGCUGAUUCUUACACUCCAGAGAAGUUUAUUCCUCAGGCCGAUCGUGAGGCUCACUACAGGUAUAUUCAGCAACAACAAACUGUGGUGCCCGGGGGAGAUUCCAGCUCUUAUCAGCCCGCUGUUGUUCCUGGAGGAGAUUCCAGCUCCUAUCAGCAGUCCAGUUACGUUCAUAGCCAGGCCAAGGCCGUCGUUCCUGGUUCGGAUGUCAGUAGCUACCAGCCCGCCCACCUGAUCCCUGCCUAUGUCCAGGGACAGCCCCCCGUCGCAAUUGGAUCCAACACUAUCACACCUGCCCAUCUGUACGAGGAGCCCGCUUCGAAUGGAAUCGAAGAGUUCAAUCCCGAGACCCAUGUUCCCGCGGCCAUCGGUGGCGACACAAUCACUCCCGCCCAUUUACAGGCAACCUACUCGAACGCUGGCCAGGAGACCCAGUACGACUCCAAUGGCGGUUAUGUUUACUAAUUUAAGUUAU